UGCCUCGCAGUUUCCAAUACGUCAUGCAAGUCUCGUGACUAAACACGCUCACAGGGAAAACGCACAAAAAAAACGUACGAGGCUUUGACUAGGGAAUAUAUAGUUUUUCAUAAUGGAAGGGGGUUUACUUGUUUGACUCCCUGGAUAAUGUACGGUAUCUGCAUUAUGUUUGAACAGUUAAAGUAGAAAUCGCAACAGAAACAUUCGCAUGAAUCGAAUUUUAAAACUUGUCACAGAGAUCAUGUCAAUUUCACGACCCCGUGUAAAGAACGUUCGCGCUUAGAAUACUUAACCGGCUUCGUAAACAACGUUGAUCGCUCAGGGGAAAAGGUUCAGCCCACUGUACACCUAGACUGGAUGGGUCAUAGCAAAUUUGAUACAUCUUUGGUGAAGGCAUUCGCCGCCGGGUCUUUGAGCGGCACUUGUUCUGCUCUGUUAUUUCAACCAUUUGAUCUGGUAAAAACUCGUUUGCAAGUAGAAGGAACGGCUUUAUCUUCUGCUGAGCGGCUGAAGUUAGGUGGAAGCAAUGGUAUGCUUUAUACGUUCUACUCAGUAGCUCGAAGAGAGCAUAUUGGUGCACUUUGGAGAGGGCUUGUUCCAGCAUUGUCGAGAUGUGUCCCUGGAAUUGGAAUGUACUUCUGUGCUCUUCAUGGUUUGUCACGAUUUACUAGUGAGGAAAGAACCUUGGUAGAAUCAGUUUUAUUAGGAGCAAGUGCCAGAACAAUAGCAGGAAUCACCCUCUUGCCAGUUACCGUCGUGAAAACUAGAUAUGAGAGUGGAUUUUAUAGCUACAGCAGUAUGUUGGAUGCACUGAUGUCAAUCUGGAGAAGGGAAGGAGGCAAAGGCUUAUACAGUGGGUUGUUAGCAACUGUAGCACGCGAUGCCCCAUUUUCAGGGCUUUACUUGAUGUUCUACACCAAGAUAAAGAGACAAGCAAAGAAUGGACUAGGUACACCAGAACUCCGCGCCUUUGAGACUUUUGUGUGUGGUUCUUUAGCUGGAGUUGUAGCUUCAGUUGUAACACAGCCUGCUGAUGUGGUGAAGACUAGACUUCAAUUGUUUCCACAUAAGUAUAAUAGCACAGGCAGUGCAGUCUUUUGUAUUUUAAAGACCAAUGGAGUAUUUGGAUUCUUUAAGGGUCUAGUUCCCCGUGCAGUGAGAAGAACUCUCAUGGCAGCCAUGUCAUGGACUGUUUAUGAAAGACUUUCAAGAGAAUUGGGAUUAAUCAGCUGAUAAUGGCAGUGAAAUAUGUUCACCAGAUACAAGGUCAUUGUUGAAACCCAGCUAAUGAGACAAGAGCAAAAUCCGGGAGAAAGUACUUUGUACUAAAGCGAUUUUAUUCCUAGCAGGAAUCCCAUCAUCAAGUUUUCAGCUAAGUACAAAGUGAGCUGGCUAAGCAGAUUUCUGGUAUUGUGCUUUUGCACACUAAAAAUUAAGGAGAGAAGGGAUAUAUAGUUAUGUGUUGUGAUAUGACACAUAAUCUUGUUAUUAUCAUAACAUCUUCAUAAGAAUAAAAGAAAAAAGUAAUUUUAGUUCUAAGAACAGCUGUACGGGUGUAAUUUUAAAUUCAGAUCAGAGAGAAGUUGGUUUUCACUAUAGAUGUUGACAAAUGAUUAUCUUGCUGAUGACAGUGCAGUGUGAAUUAAAAAAAUGUAUACAUUGUUAUUGAGGUGAAAAGAAAGUUAAAGUAUAUUUAUUUGCCUACUUAUUUAUUUCAAAGUGAAGAAAAGGUAAAACUUGCACAGGUGGAGUUUUCUCAGAUAUGGAAUUAAGAAUUUUUCUUUUCUUGGUAAAGUCAGGUAAUAUGGAACAUGUGCUUCUGAUCACUGUCAAAAGUACAAAUUUUGCCAUAACAACUGGAUAACCUGUUUACAAAAGUUGAAAUAAUGAAACUAUGGACUUUGGAUUUUGACUGGGUUACAAGAGGGAGUUUGAGGUUGUCAUAUUAAUAGAGUUGUAAUAUGUUAUUGAAAAAAUUAGCUGUCUUCUGCAACAUUUUUCUUAUAGCAUUUUUUCUAUUUCUUUUUCUGCUGCCCUUUAGAAGAGGAUUAAUGAAACUAUAGGAACUCCUUGUUUGAAGUUUAGUUGUGACAUUCUGUUUCUUUGGAAUAAUUAAGCUUGAUAAACAAUAGUAUUGAUUUAAAUCAAAAUUAGUUGAUUAUUUGUGGGUUUGUUUCUCCACUAAGGAGGGAAGGGCAAAAAAAAAAUGAGGAGUGGGUUAGUGAAUGUGUAUAUUACAUAAAAAUGUAAAUAAGAUUUUUAAUGAUAGAUAUCUAUGUGAAAUAAAAUGGAGAAGAGUCCAUUUAUCAAAGGUCAGAUUUUUGUGAAUCGUUGUUAUUGACCAAAUAUUGCUUAAUAAAAUAUGUCUCACAGUUA